AUGACUUAAUGGUCUUUGGUUAUGGGUUAAACAUGGGCCCUUGACUAAAUAUUGUCACGUAUGAAGUCAUUGCGCGUGCAGGUAGAUGCAAUCUAAAGGGUGCUGUCCUUCGUAGCACCAAUUGCGAUUGCCAAAUUAUUGUCUAUGCUGUGUAUAAAAGCCGUGCGAACCGUUAACAAAAUCAACACUCUAACAUCAUCCAUCUGCAGUUCAACAUGGCUUUCAAAUUGAACGUAACCGUGCUUAUCCUAGCUGGCGUAGCAGUCUGUGCUCUGGCAGAGCCAGCGAGAGUGCGGGCUGGAUCGCGUUUCCAGUUCGCUCGCCAGGAGGUUGCAGCAGCAACACCGACAGAUGGCGCUGACCCUGUCGCGGACAUUGUUCCGACUCCCGCCUCUGCUCCUUAUCCUCCUGCCGGUGUUACGCCCUCCAUUGCUUUUGACCUGCCGACAGAGACCGAAGCCCAACCAGAUUUGACUUACGGACCACCAGCUGAGCCCGAUAAUACUUACGGUCCCCCAGCGGAGCCCGACAAUACUUACGGUCCACCAGCCGAGCCUGAUAACACCUAUGGCCCGCCAGCGGAUCCUGCAGCUGAUCAGGACAUUGCUCCCGUAGAUGCCAAUCCAGCGUCUGAGCCUCUUCCGGCCCGAUUAAUCCAGCAGCAAGGACUUCGUAGCCGUCGCCCAGGGUCUGAGAAGCUGCGCAGUGCUCAGAUCAUACGAUCAAGGCCCGUGCUAGUCUAUAGUAUUUAAUUUGUUGAAAAUCUUGAAUGAUAUUAUGAGUGUCUAAUGAAAUUAUUACGAAUCUGCUGAAUAAACUAUAUACAUA